AUGGCAGAGCGGUUAGUUGAGAGUUCUUUGGAUACGCUAGAGUCGACUGAACAACACGAUCCAUUCCGGUCAUGUUUAGAUGAGAUGGGUAUAAGGAGACCCCCGAGGAGCAUGUGGCGUCUUGAGGUGAGACACAACGAACUCCUGGACGUCCCCGAAAAAGCUUUCUUCGGCGUCGAGCGUUCGCUGUGGGAGCUCGACCUGCAGUACAAUGAGCUCACCAGGAUCCCGCGAGACGCUCUCCGGAGGCUCAAGAAACUCAAGGUGCUCGACUUCACGGGUGAUAUACAAGCCUUGUAUCUCCGGUAUCUGGUGAUGUACUUCUCAAGAUUCCGCAAGAGCAACUACAUCUCCGAUCUGACGACCGAGGACUUCGACGGGUACGAGAGGUCCCUGCAGACGCUCGUGUUGGCUGAAAAUUCCCUCACGAUCCUGCCGGAGGGAAUCUUCAGGACGUUGGAGAAUCUGAAGACGCUCAACCUCAGGGGAAAUAAUAUUAUGACCAUCAACCCCAGGGCGUUCCAGGGCUCGUCCAGCCACCUGGCACACAUCAACCUGGCUAACAACCUGCUCACGACCAUCCCCUUCGAGGCCAUGUCCGAGGUCCGCAACAUCCAGACUCUGAACCUUGCAAGAAACAUGAUCACGCAGACGUACGAGGUCCUCUACACGGGCUCCCUCUCUAUGGACACUCUUGUCCUCGACUUCAACCAGAUCGAAUCACUCCAGCCUUACUCUUUCCAGAACUUUGGCAACAUCAACCGUACUUCCUUGAGAGGAAACCCCCUCACCCAUAUUUCGGAGGAUGCCUUUAAGGACGCCAAGAUCAAGGAGCUCUACCUUCACGACUGCGACCUUUGGAGCAUAUCAGAGAAGGCUUUCGGAGGACUCGAAUCCACCUUGCAGUUGCUCGAACUCAGUUACAAUAACCUGUCGUCCAUCCCUGAAAAGGCAUUUGAUAAGCUCGACGCUCUCCGCUCCCUCUCCCUCAGCAAUAACAAGAUGUCUCUGGACCCGACGGAGGCAUUUAAUGGCUUCCGUUACACACUUCAGUACCUCAAUCUCUUGGGUGAUAACAUGGGCAGCAUCCCGAUGGAGAAGUUGAAGGAGAUGCGCAACGUCAGAACCCUCGGCCUCAGCACCUUACCCGAUAAGUCCCUCUCCAAGGAAGACUUCCGAGGCUUCGGCCCCGCCAUGGAGAAGCUCUACCUCAUGAAGAACGGCAUCUCGGCGAUCUCGGGGCACGCCUUCGAGCACGUCCCUGGCGUCAAGAUCCUCGACCUCUCCAAUAAUAACAUCGGUACGAUCGAUAACGAAGCCUUCGUCAACAUUGGAAGCGGCCUGGAGGAGCUGCGCCUGAGCUCGGGACUGUCGAUGAGCCAGCUGCCCCCGCAGCCGAUGCAGUACCUGACCAACCUCAAGGAGCUGGACCUGAGCAACAACAACCUCCAGAAAAUUUCAAGGUCAGGCUUCUCCAAUCUCGAAAGCCUGGAGCACCUGGACCUCGAAGGCAACAAUAUCCGCCAUCUGGAGUACGAGGCCUUCCAGAACAUGCCCAAACUGAGGUACUUGGACCUCUCCUUCAACGAGAUGACGAACCUCAACCUCGACGCGUUCGACCAAGUGGGAACUCUCUCGACGCUGACCAUCGACGCCAGCCACAACCGCAUCCCGCACCUCAAGCUGAACGGCUCCACCUGGAACUCCUACCUGAGCAUCAAGAUGAUCGACUACAGCCACAACAACAUCACCUGGAUCUCGCGCGACUACUUCGAGUCCGUUCGCUCCUCCAUCCUCCACCUCUGGUUCCACCAUAACAACCUCCGCAACGUGAGCGCCAACGUCUUCGGCACGUUCCCCCACCUGCAGCUCCUCGACUUCGCCCACAACCGCAUCGAGCAGAUCGACCACGAGGCGUUCCGCGAAACCCGCCACAUCCAGUACGUCAACUUCCGCCACAACGACAUCAGCGACCUGCCCACGUCCCUCUUCGAGAACCACCAGCGCUUGCGCCACUUUGACGUCUCGUUCAACCACCUGCGCGGCGUCCCGGACAGCCUCUUCAAGACCUCCCCGCUGGAAAUCUUCAAGGCAAGGAACAACCGCUUCACCAAAUUCCCGGAAUCCAGCCUUCACCGCUGCGCAGAAACCCUCCGCGUGAUUGACUUGGCCUACAACCAGAUCACGUCGAUCACUGACUCCAUGAUGGGCCGCUUCGACAACCUGGUUUCCAUCGACGUCUCCCACAACCACAUCAAGAGCAUCGAGGCGCGCGCCUUCAGGGGCACAGGCCGCCUCGUCGCCCUCGACGUCUCCCACAACCCCAUCAAGGAUCUUCCAGGCUUCACCUUCGACGGGCUUCAGGAGUCGCUGAUGAACCUGAGCGUGGCCAACACCUCCCUGAGCGCCGUGCCUGACUUCGACCUCCCGCGUCUCAUGCACUUCAACGUUUCCCACAACAUCCUGUCGUUCCUCCCGUCCGUCACGAUGGCCAACCUGUCGUCCAUUAGAGUCCUGGACAUCUCCUACAACGAGCUCCCUGUGCCGGCCAACAGCGCCUGGCAGAUGCUUCCUCGUCUGCGGGAACUGUACAUGCAGAAGAAUCCUAUCCGGUCCCUCACGAACACGUCUUUCACGGGACUCGAACGACUCGAAAUCCUUGACAUCAGGGACUUCCCGCUGCAAGUUUUCGAGUCGGGCUGCUUCACCUCCCUGACUUCGCUGCGUCGCCUGUUCAUGACGACGCACCCGCAGAUCAACAGGUUCAACCUUGCGAGAGCGCUACACAACGUCCCAUCGCUUCAGGAACUUAUUCUUGAGGUGGACGGGACGCUGAACUCCGAGCUGAUGAACUAUGAGCUUCCUUACCGGCUGACCAACAUCACUCUCAUGGGCCCGCGCAUGCGCAAGAUUUCGCCGACAGCUCUUCAGGAACUACGAGCAAGAGAACUGCAACUUACCUUCUACCGAACUCACAUGGAGGAAGUUCCCCGAGAUGUCUUCAAGAACCUCGGGAGAGUCAAAUACGUAGCCGUGGCCGCCGAGAACAACACAAUGACGAAACUGGGCGAGCCUUCCACCACAGGCUACCCGGGCGUCCCCCACUCCGUGUUCCUGACUGACCUCCGCAUGCACAAUAACCAGUGGAAUUGCGACUGUGGGAUUGGCUGGAUCGAAGGCUGGCUCAAGAAAUGGCGCCAGUCGGUGUGCGUGGACAACGGCCGGUUAGAAGAGUACCUCAGAUGCCAGGACACGGUCCAUCGCCUCCGCCAAACGCCCUGUAACAACAAGAGAAAGUCUAUAAUGGAAGCCUUGAAGACAGACCUCGAACGUGGCGGAGUAAAGCAUGACGUUCAAGAAAAAGAUUCGCUUCCUAGUGAGGAUCCCACUGUCCGUGAAGAAAACGGGCGGGAAGUACCACACUAUAGAAAUAUUGGAAAGGAUCAUAAGAUUGAGCAAACCGCCAAAGAAAACGUGAGAUCCAUAGAAAAUGGAGAAAACGCGACAUUCACAGAAAACGAAGAAAAUGUGUGUUGUUUCUGGGAAUACUUCGAUUGUUCGGCUAAUGAGGAUGAAUUCCGUAUGAAAGGCGAUGAUCGAGAGUUGAAUCCACAUAAACCAUCCGGAAACCAAAGUAGUGUAGAAUAUGCGAAUCCGAACCGAGAGAGAGAUCCUAUUCCGACACCUGAAGAACUCCAGGAUUCCUACCCCGAGUUCCUCCUUCUCUUAACACAGUGCGUUGUAGACAUCCAGGUCAACGUAUAUAAAUAG